UGUCGUCGCGCAGCCUCGAGCCGCAGCCGAUGGUGAACCGAACAGGGAACUCUACCUGCAAGCGUCUUCACGGAUAAGCCGUUACAAGACAUCACGCCGACGAUCCUAUAGUUUACUUGGAUUAGUUCGUUCACCACGACGAUUUUUUCCAAGUACGAACGGAGUUCACCAUGUCUUUCGUAUCCGGACCAAGCCAUGCAGCUUACACGUGGGCAGCACAAGGAGGCGGAUUUGGUAAUCAAACAGUGGUCGACAAAGUGCCACCGGAGAUGCUCCACAUGGUCGACGUUCACUGGUACCAAUUCCCGCCGAUGAAUCCUCUGUGGCAUGGACUUCUUGGUUUCGCUAUCGGCGUCCUUGGCACAAUAUCUAUCAUCGGUAACGGCAUGGUGAUAUACAUAUUCACCACCACCAAGAGUCUCCGCACUCCGAGCAACUUGCUCGUCGUCAAUCUUGCCAUCUCUGAUUUCCUCAUGAUGUUGUGCAUGUCUCCAGCUAUGGUAAUCAAUUGCUAUUAUGAGACUUGGGUGCUAGGACCCUUGUUCUGUGAAUUGUACGGCAUGGCGGGCUCCCUGUUCGGGUGUGGCUCCAUAUGGACGAUGACGAUGAUCGCAUUCGAUAGGUAUAACGUAAUUGUCAAAGGCUUGUCUGCUAAGCCAAUGACCAUUAAAGGCGCCCUUAUUCGUAUAUUCGCUAUUUGGCUCUUCACGAUACUUUGGACAAUCGCCCCACUGUUCGGAUGGAAUCGCUACGUGCCCGAAGGCAACAUGACUGCCUGUGGUACCGAUUACUUAACUAAGGACAUAGUAUCCAGAUCGUAUAUCCUGUUCUAUAGCAUCUUUGUCUACUUUAUGCCGCUGUUCCUCAUCAUCUACAGCUACUUCUUCAUCAUUCAAGCGGUUGCCGCUCAUGAGAAGAACAUGCGUGAGCAAGCGAAGAAGAUGAACGUCGCUUCUCUGCGAUCCGCCGAAAACCAGAGCACCAGCGCCGAAUGCAAAUUGGCAAAGGUAGCUCUCAUGACCAUCUCCUUGUGGUUUAUGGCGUGGACUCCGUACCUAGUCAUCAACUUCGCAGGCAUCUUUGAGACGACCAAAAUCAGCCCGCUCUUCACAAUUUGGGGCUCUCUCUUUGCCAAAGCCAAUGCUGUGUACAAUCCCAUUGUGUAUGGCAUCAGCCAUCCCAAGUAUCGAGCUGCUCUCUUCCAAAGGUUCCCAUCUCUGGCGUGUGCUACCGAGCCGGCGCCUGGCGCGGACACAAUGUCCACGACUACCACGGUUACAGAAGGCGAAAAACCUGUCGCAUAAAAUAACAAUGAUUUUUUUGAUGAUGAAAUACAUUUACUAAAUGGAUGUAAAUGCCAUGAAAUAUUAUUAUAUUCUCGUCAUACAGAAAUCGCAUCAUCAUGAGUUGUAAAUAGCUGCAUUAAAUAACGUGUGCAAGAGAGAUACAUCACUAACGAGAAUAUAUUUAACCGUGAUAUUUUAUAUAAGAAAAACUGUGAUCAAAGCGAGAGCCCCAGCCAAGCGAAUAUGCGAAAAACUUUAACAGAAAAAUCGAGGGCUAAACAGUUUCAUUAUAGCUAUUAGUUUAUGAAACAUUGUAUGGUUCGGCCGCACCACAAGACGAAUCUCUCAUAAAUGGCUCAUAGCGCAGUUGUAAAUUUUAUCAUCUCUUGGAAUAUAUGGUCACUUUGAAAUUAGCAAAUAUAUGUCGCUAAAAAUUAUACCGUGAGCGAUAUGCGGUAUUAUAAUAUCUGUCGUAAUAUCGCUAUAACAAUAUCUGUAAUUAAUUUUAUAGAAUUAAAUAGAUACUGCAUGCAA